GUUGUCCCCCGGUCUGUGCGCCAGCCUCUCUGGCCCCCAUGUCACCCAGGCUUCAUCCUGAGGUCACUGGAUAGACUCCAUUUCCCUAAUGAAGCUGUGGGGCUCUCCCUGGAGAGCAGCGUCCAGCCAGGGGUUCCUGCCUCUGGGGCGGUGCCCUUCGCUGUUCCCCAUGCCCACAGGCUGGCAGUGGCUGUGUGGGCAGGCUCCUAUAUGUGCCCUGAAUGAGUGAGUAGGGGUGGUGGGUGGUGGCGGCAGGGCAAGAAUUUUUUUGGUGCUGGUGGCAGCUCAGAAGGGAGAUACUGGAGUGUAACGAGAUCAGAUAGCAGGUGGGCCAGAAGCUAAGAAUAGACUGGGCACAGGCUCCUGGGGCAGGUGGGGGUGUGUUAGUGCCAGGCAGGAAGUAGCCCCUUGGAGCCAGGGAACAGAGCAGGCCCUGGCGGUGUGCAGGACCCAGGGUUCCAGGACAGGGGGCAGAGUCCAGCUCCGCCCAUAAACAGAGCUGAUGGGAUAAGACUCAGAGAGAGGCCAGGCCCUGGGACCCAGAGCAUUGGCACUGAAGCUGUUCGAAGGAAGCGCCCACGCCUCCCCCAUGGCUUUCCUGGUGGCUGGGACCCUGCAGGUGGCCUCGCAGAUGGCCGAUGCUCGGGAGAGCCUGGGAAGAAAGGGUAAGUACAGUGUGAAGGGUCCAAGGGUGGCCCUGGCCCUCUGCAGCCCUGAGGUGUCAGCCUCUACGGUCGCUCUCCUGGAGGGUGUGUUCCAGACCCUGGGCUUUGAGAGCUGCCGGAGGCAGAAGGCCUCCGUCCAGGGGAUCCCAAAGAGCCUGGCCAAGCUGUGCCCUGGAGCCAGGGGCCCCCCAUAACUGCACCUCACAGAGUGUCUGCCUGAAGAGUCCUCCGCCCCUAGGU